AUGUUCACCAACGCGACUAAGCUCUACCUGAAGAAGCACUGGUACCGCUCGGAGCUGAUCCCCAUCUACGGCAUCUGUGUCGGCGCGCUCGGCGUGUGCGGAUACUUUGCCAGCCGCGCCCUGAAGAACCCCGAGGUCGUCUGGGACAAGAAGAACAACCCGUACCCGUGGCUGCACGUCAAGCAGUCCGAGAACGUGAAGCUGAUGGACCCGAAUGGCAAGUUCGAGAGCCAGUGGUCGCGCGACCGCCUUUAA